AUGGCCGCAAAGAAGUACCAGCCCCUCACCCUCACGCCCAUUAACUUCUCGCUCACUGAGGGCACCUCGAUCCCCGCGCCCGUCGACACGCCGCCAGAGACGCCGCACCAGCCUGCGCCGGGAAAGGGCCCUCUCUCGUCGCACCCGACCCCCAAGUCGGCCGUCUUCCCGCACCACGAAGCGACUCCUCCGGCCAAAGAAUCCUCGGAGACAGCAGAGCCGAACCUCCACCAGACCGCUACCAACGAUGGCGCCAGCACCAUGUCGCCGUCGAGCCCCUCGAGCAGGCGCCCGUCCUCGGUGCGCAAGUUCCUGGGCCUGCGCCCGCUCUCGUCACACGAUAGCCUGAAGUCGGAGCGACCGGGUUCACCGGCUACAAUUGCCAGCCAGCCAAGUCUGUCCAGGAAGAAGAGUGGCAGCUGGUUCGGCAAGAACAAGAGGCAGAGCUCCUUCAUCAUCGGUUCGCUGCCGGAAGGUAAAGAGAGCACCACAAACUACCAAGCCAACGGGGCCAAAUCACCGCCCGUGAAGAAGGGCCCGCCGCCCCCGGCGUUACCAGACCUCAAGAGCUUUGGCGUCAGCUCGGACCUCGGAGCAGAUGACAUGUUCAAGGGCAUAAACUAA